UGGAGGAUCAAGUAUAAGGGCUGCCUUUUCUUAUGAAGAAAUAAAGUGCUGCUAUCAGCAGACACUGUUGAGAAUUCUGAACUCAACAUUGAAAAACAGUGAAAGAGGAUUUCCUCAACCUUUUGCUGGCUAUCUAAGUGAAUCAGACAUUCCUCAAAAUGAGAAAUUGGCACUGUGUUUCAAUCAAUGGACAGAACAGUCUGAUCAGCCCCAGAUCUCCAGUUCUAUUAUGGAUCUCUGUAACUCCAUGUUUAAUAGCAUGCAGAUAGAUGAGGAAAAUACGCAAGAAAUAUAUAAAAGAUUUUUAUUUCACUACUCCAGAGCUCAAGAUGCAACAUAUCCUCUUAAAGCUGGGAAAUCACAAAUGGCUGCUGCAGAAUUCACCAUGAAGAAUCAUUUGGAUGGCUUGGGACGACCCUUUUUUCUUUUCAGGCCUCGAAAUGGAAGGAUGGUGGAUGGUGGAGGAGUCUAGGCCAUUCAACAGAAUGCAAUGGAAGAUGAAAUUCAUUGGCUAGCCUCCUUGCCCUAUCAGUUUAUAUGAAGAAAAGCUGAAUGACCCAUUCUGUGUUUUAAAAAAGACAUGCUUCUCAAACACUUGAAGUUACGUACAAUAAAUGUGCAGCGAUUA